AUGAGAGCACCACCUUCGCCAAGAAAGUCUAGAUCUGGUCAUUUGCUUUAUCUAUAUUUUCGACUUCGUCAAUGUUUUCGCUGUCAGGGAUUGAGGAGGAGAUGGCACAUCCACAAACUGCAUAUUCAUCAAUACAAUACUCGCUGGAACUUAAGUCCCCUUUCCGAAACACGCAUCGAAGAUAUGAUAAACGUGCCUUCUGGUUUGUGUUCAGAAAGUGCUAAAAGAAAACCGCUACUAAUAGCGAGGUUUUCAAAGGGCUGUCAAGAAUCACCGAGGGUGUAUGUGCUGCAAAGAAAUAAUUUGUCCCGUUUAAGAUUAAGUAAAAGAAAAUAUGCCCUACGGUUCUAUCACAGCAAUUUCUUUGGUAAGGAUUCAAAAAUAAAUGAAGGAAGUAUCUACGAUAUUCAACAUCAACAGUGUGCAGAAACAGUCAGAAAAAUAAAAAAAGUUGCAGCAAAGCAUGCAGAUAUCAAAAUAAUAUUUCAUGAUAAGAAUACUAUAAGAAGUGACAAAUUGAGAGGAGGAAAUAUUAGGAAACUGCAUAUGCCCGGUGUUCUUGAAGAAGAAGAGGAGGAUUCUUCUUCAGUAUAUAUUCGGUUCUGUGAUAAUCAUUCCCUGAGGGUUAAAGAUUAUCACUCCUUGAAUAGGCAUUCUAACAAAUCUCAUUUACAAAAGCGAAGCAAUGUUGCAAUUAGUAAAUCUAAAUUUUUUGCAAGGCUUUUCGAGGAGGAACCAUUGCAGGAAAAAAAGAGUACAGAGAAGAAAAGUGAUGCGAUUAUGAUUAAAGAAUUUCACAAUUAUCGUGUCGUUUCCUUCUCUCGUGUCAUUUAA